AUGGGCGUGUUGGAACUUGCUGGUGAAUACUGGGAACAGUUGAAGGAGACCGUUUUGCCCGUCGUGGCCGCGGCUGAGGAUGAUGACAACGAACAGCAUGAGGAAGAAGGGGGAGAGGAAAAAGAAGAUGAAGAUAAGGGAGACGAAGAAGAAGAUGAAGAUGAAGAUGAAGAUGACGAUGAGGACGACGACGAAGAUGAGGAGGCCGUCACCGAUCAAUUGGAAGAUCUGAGAGAACACUUCAAGAACACGGAAGAGGGAAAGGUGCUCGUACACCACUACGAAGAGUGCGCCGAGCGUGUCAAGGUACAGCAGCAACAGCCCGGCUACCAGGACCUCGACCACAAGGAGGACUGUGUGGAGGAGUUUUUCCACCUGCAGCACUACUUGGACACGUGCACAUCGCCCAGACUGUUUGACAAGCUGAAGUAG